GCUGACGGAACCAUCCUCAAAGCCAAGGUAUAAUAACAUUACCCUUUACUGUUUUUAAAACCAUGACUAGUGUUACUAAUGUAGUUUGCUCAAAACCCAACUCUAUUCCCCUGUUUCGUUCCCAAAAUUUGACAACUGCUUUUGGGGUUCCCACAUUUGACCAGCGCAGUCGAGCAUUAUAGUACGGUUAGUACCAGAGCAACCAUAAACAUAUAUGCAAAAAGAGUGUUUCCAGUUAAUUUGAUUACUGAAUUAGCUUUAGUGUUUUUGCUUGAUUGUUCAUACUUCAUACUGUAGGAUGGUUGUUUUGUUCGUGUGAAUUGUGUGUGUUGAUUGAUAUGUUCUGAACUUCUGAUAUUGCGGAAGUGAAAUUGUGAAAUUGUUUGAUAUGGUUGUUUCGGAAGGAUGGUGUAUCAUGGAUGUGAAAUUGUGAACAUAGUUGUUUCAUGACUUCACACAUGGUUCAGUAAUAUUGUCUCCUUGAAAUUGUGUAGGCACAAUGAGUUCUAGUACUAGUGGGACAGCAAAGAAAGAUCAUGCUUGGCGAUGGACUAAACCAAUUCCCGGAGAGUUGAAGUACUUUUUGUGUGCAUUUUGUGAUCAAAGAAAUACUGGUGGCAUAUUCAGGUUCAAGCAGCAUUUAGUUGGCACUCAUAAGGGAAUCAAACCUUGUAACAAAGUUCCACCAAAUGUGAAAGAUUGGUGCACUAUAGCGCUUAAAAAAAAUGAUGAAGAGAAACGAGGAAGGAUGGCGGUGCGUCGGGAGAUAGGGGGAUUGGAAGGUCUAGAAGAAGAUGAUGCAGAUGAUCAGGAGGUGACAAAUGUGGCUGCAAGUGAGAGUGGUAGUGCUCAAACUCCACUUGGUGGUGGUUCUACGGGUCAACCGAAGGCUAGAGGACCGAUGGACAAGUUUGUAUCCUCAAAAGCUCGUCAAGUUACAUUGAAUACCUCAUACAAGAAAGAAGAAAGACAUAAUGUGUGUAGGGCAAUUGGGCGCUUAUUUUAUACUAGUGCAUUGCCUUUCAAUGUGGCAAACAAUCCUUAUUAUUUUGCGGCAUUAGAGAUGGUUGCCAAAUACGGUCCCGGUUUUCAACCUCCAACAAGUCAUGAGUUAAGGGCUUGGAUUUUGAAGGAAGAAGUUGAAGAUGUUCAAAAGUUGAUGGUAGCACACAAAAAAGAUUGGAGUCACUAUGGAUGCACUAUUAUGUCGGAUGGUUGGACAGAUGGUAAGAGUAGGGUUAUACUAAAUUUUUUAGUAAAUAGCCCAAAAGGUACAUGGUUCUUGAAAUCGGUUGAUGCAUCGGAUACAAUUAAAAAUGGAGAGUUGAUGCUAAAUUACUUGGAUAGUAUUGUGGAGGAGGUAGGGGAGGAGAAUGUUGUCCAAAUAGUUACGGACAAUGCUUCCAAUUAUAAGUGGGCGGGAAAGGAACUUAUGAAGCAUAGGAGCAAAUUGUGGUGGACUCCGUGUGCGGCUCAUUGCAUUGACUUGAUGUUAGAAGAUAUUAGCAAGAUGAAAGUUUUUGAAACUACCAUUCAAAAAGCUAAGCAAAUUGUGAAAUUCAUUUAUGGGCACACACAAGUUCUUUCCAUUAUGAGGAAAUUCACAAGCAAUAAGGAGAUUAUUCGGCCGGCAGUUACAAGGUUUGCCACAUCUUUUCUCUCUCUUCAAAGUUUAUAUAAGCAUAAGGAGGCUCUUAUUAGUAUGUUUUCAUCAAAAGAUUGGUAUGAAUGUGGAUGUACAAAACAUAAGGAUGCUUAUGAGGUAAGGAAGUGGAUCCUUCGUGACACACAUUUUUGGAACCAUGUUGCUUAUUGCAUAAAGAGUGUCUUGCCCCUUGUUUGUGUCUUAAGAGAGGUUGAUUCGGAAGUGAGACCCGCCAUGGGAUUUAUCUAUGAGUUGAUGGAUGCUGCAAAAGAUAAGAUUGCAAAUAAUCUUGGAAAUGUGGAACCAAAGUAUGGACCGAUUUGGAGGAGAAUAGAUAAUAGGUGGAGUCCACAACUUCAUCAACCAUUGCAUGCAGUGGGUUAUUAUUUGAACCCUCAAUUCCGAUAUGAAGACAAUUUUAAAAAUACCGAGCAUGUGAAGAAGGGUUUGGAAGAGUGCAUGGAUAGGAUGCUAGUUGGUGAGGCUCGUGUCGCAGCGGAAAUACAAUUGGAUUUAUAUGAGCGAAAGCUUGGUAAGUUUGGAAGUGCGAUGGCUGAAUCUACUAGAAAAAUCUGAUCACCCGGUUAGUUAUUAUUUGCUUAACUUGCUACUUUUAAAUGCAAUUUUACCAAAUGUCUAUAUGAUUUUGAUUUAUUAAUCGAUAUUCAUUUUAUGUUCUUAGUGUUUUGGUGGGAAAAAUAUGGGACACAAACACCGGAGUUGAUGUAUUUUGCUACUCGGGUCCUUUCCCUUACUUGUAGUGCAUCGGGGUGUGAGAGGAAUUGGAGUACUUUUGAAAUGAUUCAUACUAAAAAGAGGAAUAGACUUGAACACAAGAGGAUGCAUGCUUUAGUCUAUGUGAAAUAUAAUAUUGCUCUAAAAGAUAGGACUUUGAAAAGGAAUGCUACAAUGGCCGAUCCUAUUGUAGUGGAAGAAAUUGAAUCUGAUGAUGAAUGGAUAACAGAGAUAGAGGAUCCGGUUCUUCCCCUCGAUCCACAUUGGCUUGAGGACAAUGUGGAAGAUCUAACAUUGAAUGAUGGGGCGGUAAGAAAUGUGCCAAUUGGUACAUAUCAAAGUACCCUAAUUAAUAGAGAGCCUCCUCCUCAUGUGCAAUCUCCUCCUCGUGAGCCUAUUCCUCCUCGUGAGCCUACUCCUCCCCGUGAGCCUACUCCUACUCCUCCCCGUGAGCCUACUCCUUCUCUUGAUGAGCCUAUUGUUUUAUACAAAAGGAAAUCUAGUGAAGGAGCAAGUUCAAGUAAAAGAAAGGCUCCAAGGAAAUCAAUGCGUCUUGAUGACAUUGCGGAUGACCGUAUUAGAAUUAAUCCAUAUGAUGAGACCAAUCCUCUCUUUGAGCACCAUGGUGAUGAUAGUGAUGAAGGUUAUAGUGAUGGAGGUGAUAGUGAUGGUAGUGAUAGUUUGGAUGGUGAUCUUCUAAUUGAUGAGGAUGAUGAUUUCCAAGGAUGAAGUUGAUUUCAAUAAUUGUUCUUGUUCUUUGGUCUUUCAACUUUAUAUCUUGGGAUUUAUUUUAGGUUUGGUGAUUUUGUUGAAUCAUAUGGUUUUAGUACUUGUUUAUUAUGAAUGGAUGACAAUUUAUAAUGUUUUUUUGGUUACCAUACAUGUUAUAUAUAUAAGACUAGUUCUAUACGUGAAUACAGAUAAUUUAUACGUAAGGCUUACGCCUUACGCCUCAAGGCGAACGCCUUGCUGAGGCUCUCCCGGCUACGCCUCGGCUACGCCUCAGCCUUUUAAAACA